UUCCCGGUGCCGCCAUGUGAGGCCGCGGGCUCCGGACCCAGGCGGCGGCGCGAUGGAGCCCUCGGCCUCGCGCGUCUUCUGCAGCCGCGUGCUGGGCAUGGUCAACGCCGAGGACGUCAACGCCAUCAUCCAGGCGCAGAAGAACAUGCUGGAUCGCUUCGAGAAGACCAACGAGAUGCUGCUCAACUUCAACAACCUGUCGAGCGUGCGCAUGCAGCAGAUGGGCGAGCGCUUCGUGCACCACACCAGGACGCUGGUGGAGAUGAAGAAGGACCUGGACAGCAUCUUCCGCAGGAUCAGGACGCUGAAGGCGAAGCUGGCCAAGCAGUACCCGGAGGCCUUCAGCAACAUCCACGAAUCCCCGAUUCUCGACGACGACGACGACUUCGACCCUGUCCCCAAGAGCACCACGACCACCAUCGCUACCUCCGAGCAGAGCACCGAGUCGUGCGACACGAGCCCCGACAUCAUCUCUCCCACCACGAGUCAGGAUUUUGAGGAUCUAUCGCAAGGCCGGUGCCACUCGCCGGCCGUCAACGGACAGAGUCUAACAGACGAAGAAGCCCCCGACGACCUGGACUAGGGGAGCCGGCGCCGCGGCCCCAGCCGGCCCGGGCGCUCCCCAUCCCGUGUUURUAUUCCUGUCUCGGCUUGGCCCUGGGUUUUUGGGGAAGACGGCCGAGAGGUGACAGCCGA